UGUCAUUGCCGUGCGACAGCCCGCUAGCUACGCAGUUGUUGUUUUAUCGGAUUUGUAGGAAUUUUCCGUCACGGAAUGAGUUCUGGUUGACGUUUUCGGGUCACUGGCAAAUCUGAUGAGAACCACAAACUUUAGGACUAGGACUGAACUCUCUGUGACCCUGAUCAGACCGCAGUCUAGCUGCGUGGCGCGGUUUGUCGCUCUGUUUGCGGAUAUCUGAGAAAACUAGCUGUUAGCACCGUUAGCUCAGAUUAGCCGUGUGUUUGAUUCUGCCUGAUGGAGUAUCCCGGUGCAGGAGGCGGGGGAGGGGCGGUGCUGAGCGGCGGGAACGUCCCGGCCUUCCUGACGAAGCUAUGGACCCUGGUGGAGGAUCCGGACACCGACCCGCUCAUCUGCUGGAGCCCGAGUGGAACCAGCUUCCAUGUGUUUGAUCAGGGCCGGUUCUCUAAAGAAGUUCUACCAAAAUUCUUCAAACACAACAACAUGGCCAGCUUCAUCAGACAGCUCAACAUGUAUGGGUUCCGUAAGGUGGUUCACAUCGAGCAGGGAGGUUUGGUGAAACCAGAGAGAGACGACACUGAGUUCCAGCACCCGUUCUUCAUCAGAGGACAAGAACAUCUGCUGGAGAACAUCAAACGCAAAGUCACCAACGUGGCGACGGUGCGUCAGGAGGAGGUGAAGAUCUCUGCAGAUGAAGUGAACAAGAUCUUGACGGACGUCCAGCUGAUGAAGGGAAAACAGGAGACCAUCGACUCCAGGAUCAUCGCGAUGAAGCAUGAGAACGAGGCUCUGUGGAGGGAAGUAGCCAGUCUGAGACAGAAACACACUCAGCAGCAGAAAGUCGUCAACAAGUUGAUCCAGUUUCUGGUGUCUCUCGUCCAGUCCAACAGGAUCAUGGGAGUCAAGAGGAAGAUCCCUCUGAUGCUCAAUGACUCUAACUCCGCCCACUCCAUGCCCAAAUACAGCCGACCCUUCUCAUUGGAGCACAUGCAGGCUGCUGCGAGUCUCUUCUCAGCUGACUCACCGCUGACUUCAGGACCAAUCAUCUCUGACAUCACAGAGGUGGCCACACCCACCGCAGACGAUGUGGUCGGUGAUUGGACGGACCCAGGAGAUGGCCAAUCAGUGGACAUCAAAGAGGAGCCGUGCAGUCCUGAGGUGGAGGUGUGUCCUGUUCUGGAAGGCGUGGCUACACCUGUGGACACGCCCCUCUCCCCCACCACUUUCAUCAACGCCAUCCUACAGGACAGUGAGACAGCGCCGCCCACCCCGAUCACCUCCACCUGCAGUCCCCCCACAGCCAGUCCUGUUGUGGUGACGAGCCCUGCCUCCACUGGGCCUCUCCCACAAACUCUAACCAGCCAAUCGCCUGCCUCUGUCGCCCCACCAUACUCUGCCCCCAACUUCUCCACCGCACCUCAGCAGAAAUGUCAGACCAUCGCUUGUAUCGACAGACCCCGCCCCCCUCCCUCUGCAGGUGGACUCCCACCUGACGUCUGGCGCUUCGUAUCAACACAAGCUGAAAAGUCAGAGCUGUUGGACCAUGUGGACAGCAUUGACAACAGUUUAGAGAACCUGCAGAACAUCUUGAACACACAGACCUUCACCUUCGACACGUCUCCGCUCAUGGAGGUCAGUCCGACUUUUUUCAGUUCGUCCUGCGCUCCAGCAGACUUUGACCUCGACAGUUUGGACACGCUGCUGUCUGAAGAGGCUCCUAAAGGAAGUGCUGAAAGCAACACAGGGAAGCAGCUGGUGCAGUACUCGGCAGCCACACCUGUCCAGAUGUCUGAACCAAUCAGCGUGGGGGAGGGCGGAGCCGACUUGCCGUCUCUGCUGGAGCUGGAGGCGGAGCCUUUCUUCGACUCUGACCUGCCCACUGAUGACCCAGCUGCCGCCCUGCUUAGCCACGCCCACCUGGACUCUGACCUCUGACAUCACCAAGAUGACUUGUCAGUAACCAUAGCAACAGACACUUGCUGAUUCAGCCGCAGCAAUAGAUGAUGGUGAAGUCAAUCAAUCAGCUGUAGAUCAAUCAUUAGGUCAAAGGUUUUAUGAUGCAGAUGUUAUUGAUCGAUAUUAACCAUUUAUAUACCAGUCCUGUUCUUCUUCUACCCUUUUAUUUUAGUUUUUGUUUCUUCUUCGCUGCUUAAAUUAAAUCCUUUGUUUGUCGCUUGCUGUUAAAACUACAACGAAGGUUCUCAGAGAACCCGGGUCACAUGGUCCAGUUAGAGAGAGGUGUGAUGUCACCGUGCAGGUGAGUCAUGUGACCCAGGUGUUCUUUGCGCUCUGCAUGUUGGAGUCAGGUUUUAUGGUUGUUUUCAUGUGUUAAACAUAAAGACGAGAAUCUGAAUAUGAUUGAAAAGUUUAUUACCGA